AUGGAAGAAGCAAAUCAGUCUGUGGUGUUUGAAUUCAUCAUUCUUGGGCUUUGUGAUUCAUGGGAGCUCCAGGACUUCCUCCUAGUGAUAUUUUCUUCACUUUAUUUGAUUACCAUUUUAGGCAACAUCUUCAUUGUGAUCAUAAUUAUCACUAACCUCCAUCUCCAUUCCCCUAUGUACUUCCUGUUAGCCAAUCUCUCAUUCAUUGACUUCUGUCUUUCCUCAGUCACUACCCCUAAAAUGAUCACAGACUUUCUCAAGGAAAAUAAGACCAUUUCCUUUGGAGGGUGUAUGUGUCAAAUUUUCUUUGGACAUUUCUUUGGAGGGGGCGAGAUGGUACUGCUUGUGUCAAUGGCCUAUGACCGUUAUGUGGCGAUCUGCAAGCCACUCCAUUACUCCAGCAUCAUGAACAGAUAUAUGUGCAUUGGGUUAGUGAUGACAUCAUGGAUUAUUGGCUUUGUGCAUUCAGCAAGUCAACUAGUUAUGAUUGCAAAGCUGCCCUUUUGUGGACCCAGGGAAUUGGAUAGCUUUUUCUGUGAUAUUCCAUUGGUAAUCAAGCUAGUCUGCAUAGACACCUAUAUUCUAGAAAUGUUGAUAAAUGCUAACAGUGGGGUACUGGCAACCAUCUGCUUCAUUCUGUUGCUGAGCUCUUACUCUCAUAUUCUGUUUAUUGUCUGCCUUCACUCUAAGGGUGGAGCAUCCAAGGCUCUCUCUACCUGCACUGCCCACAUCACGGUGGUAGUGUUAUUCUUUGGGCCUUGCAUCUUCAUUUAUUUGUGGCCAGUCAGUAUCCCCUGGGUGGACAAGUUUCUUGCUGUAUUUUAUGCAGUCAUCACACCUCUCCUAAAUCCAGCCAUUUACACCCUAAGAAACAAAGAGAUUAAAAAUGCCAUAAAGAGACUAGUAUGUUAG